ACCCCUCCUCGACGCAAUUAUUUUCCUAAUGGCCGAUCAAGGCGAUCCCCUCGCGGCGGGCGCAGGAGAGGAAACCCUAGAACGCCUCGUGGAAGCUUCCAGAACCCCCCAGGGCCGCGCUCGCCUCGCCUCCAGCGGAGCCCUUGGUGCGGCCCUCCACUGCCUCACCCACGACCCUGCGCCCGCCAUCCUCCCUCUCCUCCGGCUCGUCCGCAAUCUCUGCGCUGGGGACGCCACCAACCAGGACGCCUUCGUUGAGCUCGGUGGCCCCGAUCAAAUUGCAUCCAUUCUCCUGAGAGAUCCGCCGGCGCCGGCCGACGUCGUGCGCGCCGCGCUUCAGGCGUUGGGGAACGCUGCAGCUGCCGGGGAGGCGCAUCGGUCGGCCGUGUGGGCCAGGUUCUUUCCAACUUUGUUACUUCAGGUGGCUCGGUACCAUGAGCCGGCUAUCUGUGAUCCUCUGUGCAUGGUUUUGGACACGUGCUGUUCUUCCGGGGGAGGGCGUCAGAGGCUGGCAGAGCUUUGCAACACUGAGACCGGAUUGCCAAUUCUUUUGGAGGUCAUAACCACAGCUCGUGCAGUGGCAUACAAGGGCGAUUGGCUAUAUUGGCUCCUUUGCAAAGUUUGCAUUGAAGAACCAUACUUCCCGUGUGUGUUUAUGGGAUUAGACCUACUUGGUACUUUGGAUAACUCGAUAAAGUGUGGGUCUGUGCACUUUACUAUAGAUCAGACAUUCCUUCUUGAAGUUUUGAUAGAAUACUUGAGAGAUCGACCUAAGGAUGUUUCCAUAAUUUCCAAUCUUUUUGCACUUGAAGUUCUGGAAGUCCUCAAAAAAGCAUCAUCACUUGUUGAAUUUACUUCUCUCGGAAAUUCUGAUCUUCCAACUGGUUGCUCUGCAGUUGAUGUCCUAGGCUAUUCACUUGUUAUUUUGAGGCAUAUAUGUGCUUGGGAGAAUUCUGUUUCACAUGCUGGAGACUCCUAUGUUGAUUCAUUGUUAUCUGCAGGCCUUCUACAACAUCUUUUGUGUUUAUUAGGUGAGCUUGAGCCACCAGCAAUUAUUAGAAAAUCCAUGAAGAACACUAGGGACCAGUCAGGACCAUCAGCAGCCGCUAGAAAGGUCUGCCCUUAUAGAGGAUAUCGGAGAGAUCUAGUUUCUGUUAUUGCCAAUUGUCUACAUGGCAGGAAAAAGGUUCAAGAUGAGAUCAGACAGCUUAAAGCUAUUCCUUUGCUGUUGCAACAAUGUGUUGUUGACGAGGACAAUCCCUUGGUAAGAGAAUGGGGAUUGUGGGCUAUAAGGAACUUGCUAGAAGGAAAUUUGGAAAACCAGAAUGAAUUAUCCGAGUUUCAGUUACAGCAGCCUGUGAACACACCUGAGAUUGAUGGUAUUGGUCUGCGUGUGGUAAUAGAUGAGAAAACUGGACGUCCCAAACUGGUAAAUGUUUGAGUGAUUUGUUCAUGAGGUUGCAUAUGAAACUUAGAGAACGUCUUCCUGAUUGGAUGUUGCAUUUUAAUUUCCUGGUAUAUCUAAUGCGGGUACAGCCGAUUCCAUCUAAUAGGAAAAAGUUUGGUUAUUAUUGUUGGUGGUGGUAUAUCUAAUGCGGGUGGGCAGAUUCACUCUGUUGAUCAGAAGGCAUGUUAGUCAGCAUAGAACAUCACGUAUUUUGGUUUUCUUAUUAACAAGUCAAUCUGGUGUGAAAAAACA